AUGACGAAAUUGGUGUUCGUUGCCUUGAUUGUGGCCGCCAUUAGCCUGAUCUGUGUUAGUGCUGCACCCGCUCAGAUUUUAGAUGCGCAUACUGCCAUCCAGAAGAUAAUUGCUGCUUACAACCGCUACCCAGGACCUUCUAUCGUACACCCACCAGAGAUUGCCACUCUCAUUGAUCCCAACACAUUCGUGCCUAACAUCUAUGGAUAGGCUGGCAAAUGUAAGGACAACCCUAAUCUUGAC